AUGACCAGAUUAACCGCGAAUCCGCUCCCCGUUGAUCCCACAUCACGAAAGGCCACCGCCGUUAAUCUGUUCAGUGCCUCCAGACCUUACAUGCGUGGACUUCACUUUUCAUGGAUUUCCUUUCUUACUGCCUUCACCGGCUGGUUCUCGGUUUCCCCUUUGCUUCCCUCCAUCACGAAAGAUUUGAAUUUGACACCUGCGCAAGUCGGCGAUGGUAAUAUUGCUUCGGUAUCUUCUACGAUCGUUUUUCGUGUGUUUAUCGGUCUUAUGUGUGAUAGAUUGGGUCCGAAACGCGUCAUGGCCUCUGUCCUUAUCCUCGGCGCAAUACCAACAGCCCUCGCCGGUUUGGUACGAAAUAAUACUGACUUGGUGAUCGUUCGAUUCUUCAUUGGUAUUCUCGGCGCAUCUUUUGUGCCUUGCCAAUUCUGGACCACUCAGUUGUUUAACUCGAAUGCUGUCGGAGUUGCCAAUGCUAUUGCGGCCGGGUGGGGUAACAUGGGUGGUGGCCUCACCUAUUUGCUCAUGCCCUUGAUAUUUGACCUAAUUAACAGAUAUUACCCUUACAACGUCGCUUGGCGUCUUGCUAUGAUCUUUCCAGCCUUUCUUUGUAUUAUCGUUGGUGUUAUCAUUGUAUACUUUUCCGACGAUUGUCCUGAAGGGGACUGGUCCAACCGUGGUCUUCCCACCUUGCUCAUUGAUGAGGCAGAAGAAGAUGAAAAGAUAUCUAGAAUAAGUGUCGCCACCGAGAGACGAACUGCUGUAAAGGUUCACAAAAUACCCACCGCCUUUCACUACCUUCUCGUGCUCAUCAACCCGAAUGUCAUUCUAAUGAUGAUAAUGUACGGAUGCUCCUUCGGUGUCGAAGUAGCUGUCGACAAUGUCAUCGGCGGAUUCUUCUAUAGUCGUUUUGGACUAAGUCAAACUCUCUCCGGACUUAUCGGCUCCAUCUUUGGUUUGUUAAAUAUCUUCUCUCGUGCGAGCGGUGGUCUCACGUCUGAUUAUCUCAACAGAAGACUCGGAGUCCGCGGUCGUUUGUUUUGUCAGUUCUUCUUUUUCUUCUUUCAAGGGGCGGCAUUUAUCCUCUUCAGGUUUACAAGUGGAACAUUAUCGGGAGCGAUUGUAACCAUGAUCUUGAUUUCCUAUUUCACCGAGGUAAUUAACCAACUUUUACUUCAUCUCACGGCGAUGGGUAUCAAUGAUAACCUUUUUUUAUCUUUUGCUUUGCAAAUGCAGGUGUGCUGUGGUACAUCCUUUGCCAUCGUUCCUUAUCUGGAUCCGGCAGCUGUCGGCAUAGUCUCAGGAUUAGUGGGGUCGGGAGGCAACAUGGGCGGUCUGGUAUUCGCAGCCAUAUUCAAAGCUUUCUCGAGUGACAUUUUAAAUGGAUUCUUGGUGAUCGGGGUUAUCGUGAUCGCUUCUUCAUUCCUACCAUUCUUGAUGAGUAUAAAUGGGCGAACGUUAAUCUUUGGAAAUCUCAAGAGAAACUUUUAA